AUGGCACCUACCGCAUCCGUCAGUCGACGCAAGUCCAAUGGAGGCAAGGGCGGCCUCGUUAUCACCCUUACCGUCGACGCCGAUAAAUUGAAGCGGACCCUUGACCCCGACUAUGUAAAGGAAGACUCGCCCGUCAAGAUGGACGUUGAGGAGACGAAUGGAAACAAGGAGACGCAAGAAGCGCAAGAUUCUCCCGCCACAUCGGCCACCUUGGCAGCUCCUGCCGUCACAAAUGGCGAGACGGCGUCGGACUCAAAUCCCGGCACGCCUGCUGGCGAUGGAACCCCAGCACCUACGUCCAUGGGUCCUCCUACCGAGGGAGUCAAGAAGAAGGGUACCAAGCGUGGUGCUGGUGCUGCCAAUGGCCUCGGCCCUGAUGGUCAGCCCAAGAUCCGCGGCAAGCCUGGCCCCAAGAAGAAGGCGAGACUUGAGGAUGGAACAAUCGACCCGAAUGCCCGUGGUGGCGCUGCUGGACACAAGCUGGGUCCCAAGGCCAACCAAGGUGCCAUCAACGCCGGCUUACGAGCUCUCGACCGAAGCGGCAAGCCCUGCCGCAAAUGGGCGAGGGGCGGUUUCGUCCUCAAGAGCUUCACAGGCAUCGUCUGGGAGGUUCCUCGAUGGACCGCGCCGCCCAAGUUUGUGCCCGAGCCCACCACCGAGGACUCUGCCGCCGCCUCAGCCGAUAGCAGCACCAAGGAGAACAAGGAGAACGAACAAAUUAAGAGCGACGCCAAUAGUGCCGUCAACAGCGGCGCCGACGUCGAGAUGCGGAGCGCGACCGGCAGCGUUCCGGCUAGCUCUCCGGCGCCAAUGGCCAUCUCUGCCGCUUCGUAG